AUAAUAGAGCUUUUAUAACUUAUUUCAGCAAGUUAUAGUCGCUCGGCGUGGAAGUGUGGCAAUUAAUACUGACAUUUCUGCGUUUUACUAAUCUAACGUUACACUAUUGUAGCGGCUACUUUGAGUAACUGCGUGCUCCAUGUGUCCUCCUCACAGUAAAAUAAGUUGAUUCAUCAUCCUAUUAAUAGUUCGCUUGUCAGUGCGCUGUCAUUGGUGCCUGUAGGAUUCAUGUGUAACCUGCAGCCGCUAAUAGGCUGCUGCAGCAGGAGGAGAGCUGCAAUGGGGCCGAAAAAAAGGUCACGGCGAGAAAUACACCAACUGCAAGAUUUGGUGGUUAAACAUGCCCGUAUUGAGGAAUCUGGCUGGACUGGCGUGAAUGAGCGCACCUUCAUUGCUGUAAAACCAGAUGGCGUGCAGCGGAAACUGGUGGGGGAAAUCACGCGUCGCUUUGAGAAGAGAGGUUUCAAACUGGUGGGCCUCAAACUCAUGCAGGCGUCUGAGGAUCUUCUGAGGGAACACUACUGGGACCUGAGGAGCAAGCCUUUCUUCAAGGAACUGAUCCGUUACAUGAGCUCUGGACCGAUUGUAGCAAUGGUGUGGGAGGGUUUGGACGUGGUCAAGACUGCACGUAAGAUGUUGGGAGAGACGAACCCCGCGGACUCGCUGCCUGGCACCAUCCGAGGGGAUUACUGUGUAGAGGUGGGAAGGAACAUCAUCCAUGGCAGCGACUCAGUGGAGAGCGCCCAGAAAGAAAUCCAUCUGUGGUUUGGUCAGCAUGAGCUUCAGUGCUGGGAGGACAGCAGCAGCCACUGGAUCUACAACUGAAUUUCUACCUGUGCUGUGUUCACCAUCCUGUCUUCUUUUAUAGUAGUAUCACUACAAGACGGAUCACACCAUACCUCGGUUUUGUUUUUUUGGCUUUAGUAGCUUGUAGCCUCAUGGAAGAAGAAGUGUCAUCGCUGUCUUGCUGCUUUUUUUCUGAAAUGUGUUUUUUUUCUAUCUGAGAGGAAUUAAGCAGACGUGCACUAAGCGAGCAAUAAUCUGAUCAGCAAAUUGACAGUGUCUGCUUUUAUUGUAUGUUUUAAGUCAAGGAUACCAGCUCAUGUUUACAGCUUUUUUAGCAAUAAGCCUGGAAUGUGGAGCAAUAAAAGGUCUUGAUUCAUGAUUUGCAUUUCAUGGAAUGACAAGUAUAAAUGGCUGAUUUUAAAUCCAGCCUAAAUAUUAAUUACCAGUGAUAGUACAGGAAACUUGUGUACUAUUUGACGUUUACCAGCUCAGUUCGUUUUGGAUGCAGUUCUGGCUGAAAUUUGCACAUCACACAAAUAUCGUUUUUCUUUGUCAUGUGAAAUAAGCUCCUUGUAAUUAUUACGGUGAAAACAAGCCAAAAUGUACAUAUUUCUGUAAUUUUCUUUGCGAUAUAAACCCAACAACAUGAGAGCAAUCAACAAUCACAAUUGUUGCCUUUUUACACAUUAAUGAUCUUCAGUUUCCUGUACCUUUUUUAAAAAUUCAAAUUCUGUAAUAAUGUAAAACACGUGACUUGGGACUACUUGAAUGUAAAGGGUAGAAGUCCUAAACUAUGAUGUUUAACAAGCUUUUCAUUAUGGUUUUGUAAUGUUGUCAUGCCAGGCACAGUUUCCAAACCCAAGAGAAACAGCACUUUUAUUAAAUGUGCUGAGAUCUUAGAUUGCUCAAUAAAAGUCUCAUUCUUCCAGUUGCUGCUUUUGUCACGUUAAGGCUUUUCUAAAAUACCCUCAAAUGUAUUCCAAGACAAUAAAUCUGAUCAUGAAAUCCUUUGUAAA